AGCCUUUACUCAGUGAGUCAUGGAGCAUUCGAUGGGAAUCAAUUUAAGUCUACAGUGUGGAUACUGGCUAAUUGUCUUAAAUGAAGAAUGUCCUAAAUGAUCCAUGACUGCAAAAGUAUUUUCUGUUCUGUGGUAUGACUACUCUUCCAGCAGCUCUUGAAAAUAAAAUGGAAAUUAUUCAGCAGAAUAAUAAAAAUGUAACCAUUUAAUUAGCAUAUUUUCUUUUUGCCACAACUGCCAAUGAAACUGCAUUCUGCUAUUUUUUGUUAAGUAUAUAUAUAUAUAUAUAUAUAUAUAUAUAUAUGUACAGUUGUGCUCAAAAGUUUGCAUACCCUGGCAGAAAUUGUGAAAUUUUAGCAUUGAUUUUGAAAAUAUGACUGAUCAUAUUUCUUUUAUUUAAGGAUAGUAAUCAUAUGAAGCCAUUUAUUAUCACAUAUUUGUCUGGCUCCUUUUUAAAUCAUAAUGAUAACAGAAAUCACCCAAAUGGCCCUGAUCAAAAGUUUACAUACCCUUGAAUGUUUGGUCUUGUUACAGACACACAAGGUGACACACACAGGUUUAAAUGGCAAUUAAAGGUUAAUUUCCCACACCUGUGGCUUUUUAAAUUGCAAUUAGUGUCUGUGUAUAAAUAGUCAAUGAGUUUGUUAGCUCUCAUGUGGAUGCACUGAGCAGGCUAGAUACUGAGCCAUGGGGAGCAGAAAAGAACUGUCAAAAGACCUGCUUAACAAGGUAAUGGAACUUUAUAAAGAUGGACAAGGAUAUAAAAAGAUAUCCAAAGCCUUCAAAAUGCCAGUCAGUACUGUUCAAUCACUUAUUAAGAAAUGGAAAAUUCGGGGAUCUCUUGAUACCAAGCCAAGGUCAGGUAGACCAAAAAGAUUUCAGCCAAAACUGCCAGAAGAAUUGUUCAGGAUACAAAGAAAAACCACAGGUAACCUCAGGAGAAAUACAGGCUGCUCUUCAAAAAGACGGUGUGGUUGUUUCAAGGAGCACAAUACUUGAACAAAAAUGAGCUGCAUGGUCGAGUUGCCAGAAAGAAGCUUUUACUGCGCCAAUGCCACAAAAAAGCUCCGUUACAAUAUGCCCAACAACACCUUGACACUUCUCACAGCUUCUGGCACACUGUAAUUUGGAGUGACGAGACCAAAAUAGAGCUUUAUGGUCACAACCAUAAGUGCUAUGUUUGGAGAGUGGUCAACAAGGCCUAUAGUGAAAAGAAUACCAUCCCCACUGUGAAGCAUAGUGGUGGCUCAUUGAUGUUUUGGGGGUGUGUGAACUCUAAAGGCACAGGGAAUCUUGUGAAAACUGAUAGCAAGAUGAUUGCAGCAUGUUAUCAAGAUCCCGCACCCUGUCUACUCAUCGCCAAGGGCGUCCCCCUGCGGUGACUGCACCGGCUCCGCCGCAGCCCGCCCCUUCGGCCCGGCCCCGGCGUGGAGCCCACCGCAGGAAGCAGACGCCACCUGUCUCGCGGCCGCCCAGAACCCGUGAAAGGCUUCAAAGUGCCCUUGAGACGGGCGACCCAGGGACAACGAAACCCACUGCUCUGGAGCUGGUAAGCAGAUCUUCAUCUUUUUGUUACUUUUUGCAUUUAAUUGCGCUGCAUGCCCAAGUGGCUGCAGUACUCAAGAGCUCAGCAAGAGCGGUUUCCUUGUUCCCUGGGUCAUGUAUCCAGUGUGUACGGCUGUCAUCACGACCACCGUCCACCACUCCAUUUGGCAGGUUGGCGCUUCAGCGGCAGUCUCCCGCCCCUGAGCGCCCAGCUGUGGCACAAAUCCACCCCCGAUGUGACAGUCUCCACGGGCCACGAGGACAGGCCUCUUCCUCCCCCGUCCCAGGCUGUUCCGGGGGUGGUCACAAGGAGCCAGGUAAGUGCUUUGAUAUCCUUAGACUCAGUAUGGCCACGACGUGGUGUGGCACCUCGAGCUCCACCCCACCGCGAGGCCCCACCUGCCGGUACAUCCGAUGACGUUGUCCCUUUGGUCCCCCUUGCGCGGAACUUGGACGCAUGGCUUGCGCUUUCCAAUCCGUCACGAGGGCUGGUCCGGACCGUCCGACUCGGCUGCACGAUUCACUUCACUUCAGCGGUGUCCACUUCACCUUGGUGAAAGACGAAAACGCUGUUACCUUGCACGGAGAUCGCUACCCUCCUACGGAAGGACGCGAUAGAACCUGUCCCUCCAGCCGAGAUGAAGAAAGGGUUUUACAGCCCCUACUUCAUCGUACCGAAAAAAGGCGGUGGGUUGCGGCCAAUCUUGGAUCUGCGAGUACUGAACCGGGCUUUACACAGACUCCCGUUCAAGAUGCUGACGCAAAGACGCAUUCUAGCGAGCGUCCGGUAUCAAGAUUGGUUCGCGGUGGUAGACCUGAAGGAUGCGUACUUUCACGUCUCGAUCCUUCCUCAACACAGACCCUUCCUGCGGUUUGCGUUCAAGGGAAAGGCGUAUCAGUACAAAGUCCUCCCUUUCGGCCUGUCCCUGUCUCCUCGCAUCUUUACGAAGAUCGCAGAGGCUGCCCUUGCCCCGCUAAGGGAGGUGGGCAUUUGCAUUCUCAAGCGUCUCGACGACUGGCUAAUCUUAGCUCACUCUCAAGACGUGUUAUGCACACACAGGGACCUGGUGCUCUCACACCUCAGCCGACUAGGGCUUCGGGUCAACUGGGAAAAGAGCAAGCUCCUCCCGGUUCAGAGCAUCUCUUUUCCCCAGUUUGGAGAUGGACUCGGUCUCCUUGACGGCGCGCCUUACGAACGAGCGCACCCAGUCGGUGCUGGCCUGUUUGAAGGCAUUCAAACAGAAAACAGCGGUUCCACUGAAACUUUUUCAGAGGCUCCUGAUGCAUAUGGCAUCCUCGGCGGUGGCCACCCCGCUCGGGUUGAUGCAUAUGAGGCCACUUCAGCACUGGCUCCAGACUUGAGUCCCGAGACGGGCAUGGCACCAUGGGACACACCGCGUGGCCAUUACGUCGGUCUGUCACCGUCUUUUCAGCCCUUGGACCGACCUCUCGUUUUUACGAGCAGGUGUUCCCCUAGAACUGGUCUCCAGGCGCGUCGUGGUCAUGACAGACACCUCCAAAACAGGCUGGGGCGCUGUUUGUAAUGGGCACGCAGCCGCCGGCCUCUGGACGGGUCUGCGACUGCAUUGGCACAUCAACUGCCUCGAGUUACUGGCAAUUCUGCUCACCCUGCAGAGGUUUCGGCCGUUGAUCCAGGGCAAGCACGUGUUAGUUCAGACAGACAACACGACAAUGGUAGCAUAUGUCAACCGCCAAGGUGGUUUGCGCUCUCGUUGUAUGUCACAACUCACCCGCCGUCUCCUCCUCUGGAGUCAGCAGCACCUCAAGUCACUGCAAGCCACUCACAUCCCGGGCAACCUCAACACUACGGUGGCCGCGCCGUCACAACAGGUUACCCACAGGGGAGAGUGGAGACUCCACCUUCAGGUGGUCCAGCUGAUUUGGAGUCGAUUCGACAGGCACAGGUGCACCUGUUCACCUCCCAAGAAUCCUCCCCACUGCCCGCUCUGGUAUGCCCUGACUGAGGCCUCCCUCGGCAUAGAUGCACUGGCACACAGCUGGUCCCCUGGCAUUCGCAAAUAUGCGUUUCCCCCAGUAAGCCUGCUUGCACAGACCCUGUGCAAGGUCAGGGAGGACGAGGAGCAUGUCAUCCUGGUAAGCACCCUACUGGCCCGCCCAGACAUGGUGCUCGGACCUCACGCUCCUCGUGACAGCUCCCCCCUGGCAAAUUCCCCUGAGGAAGGACCUUCUUUCUCAGGGAAGGGGCACCAUCCGGCACCCACGCCCAGACCUCUGGAAUCUCCAUGUCUGGCCCCUGGACGGGAUGCGGAAGACCUAAGCUGUCUCCCACCUGCGAUGGUAGACACGUUCACUCAGGCUAGGGCUCCCUCUACGAGGCGCCUGUAUGCCUUGAAGUGGCGUCUGUUCACUAAGUGGUGUUCUUCCCGUCGGGAAGACCCCCAGAGAUGCGCAGACAGAUCAGUGCUUUCCUUCCUGCAAGAGAGGUUGGAAGGGAGGCUGUCCCCUUCCUCCUUGAAGGUGUACGUUGCUGCCAUAGCAGCACAGCACGACACAGUCGACGGUAAGUCCUUAGGAAAGCAUGACCUGAUCAUCAGGUUCCUAAGAGGCGCCAGGAGGCUGAAUCUCUCCAGGCCGUGCCUCGUUCCCUCAUCAGACCUCUGUAGUUCUUCAGGGUCUACAGAGAGCCCCCUUUGAGCUUUGCAGUCAGCUGAGCUUAAGGCACUCUCCUUGAAGACUGCCCUCCUGACUGCGCUCACUUCCAUCAAGAGGGUAGGUGACCUGCAAACGUUCUCUGUCAGCGAAAUGUGCCUGAAGUUCGGUCCAAGUUACUCUCACGUGAUCCUGAGACCCUGACCGGGCUAUGUGCCCAAGGUUCCCACCACCUCUUUAGGGACUAGGUGGUGAACCUGCAAGUGCUGCCCCAGGAGGAGGCAGAACCAGCCCUGUCGUCGCUAUGUACGGUGCGUGCUUUACGCAUCUAUUUGGAUCGCACACAGAGCUUUAGUAUCUCUGAGCAGCUCUUUGUCUGCUUUUGGUGCACAGCGGAAAGGAAGUGCUGUCUCCAAGCAGAGGAUCGCCCACUGGCUCGUUGACGCCAUAACUAUGGCAUAUCUCGCCCAAAACAUGCCACCCCUGGUAGGGCUAUGAGCCCAUUCUACCCAUGGUGUAGCGGCUUCUUGGGCCUUGGCCAGAGGUGCCUCUCUAACAGACAUUUGCAGAGCAGCGGGCUGGGCAACACCCAACACCUUUGCAAGGUUCUACAACCUCUGGGUGGAACCGGUUUCGUCCCAGGUAGUGGCACGCAACACAAGUGGAUAAGCUGGGUUAGCCGGCCGGGUGUAUCACUUGCACAUAGCGCCUUCCACCUCCUUUUGAGCUGAAGACGUGCGCCGUUAAUUCCCAGUAGUGUUCACAAAAUUUGUUCCCUGGUUGACUUCCUCCGAGCCCUGUGGCAGUCGAGUUUUCGGAGAGACUCGCUGCCGGCCCAGUACAUGCGCUAACUAAGAGCCCGGUUCUGGGGUAGGUGCUCCGCAUGUGGCGGUUCCCUGUAAGGCUAACCCCAUGCGAUCUAUAUCUUCCGCUAAUUCGUUUCCCUGCUGGCAAACUGCGUCCUCCUUGGGCAGAGCCCCUCUGCCCCAGUCUCCAUGUUUGUAAUAACUCCUCCCCCAUUGGGCAGGAUCUACCUUGAAGGCUCUCCACAUGGUUGGAAAGACCAUGUGACAUAUUCUUCCACUUAAAUAUCCCCCCCUCUCUUGAGGCGAGGUGUGGUCUCCGCUGUGUCCUCCCCUUGGGAGGGACACCCCCUGACUAGACCUGGCGGCCCAGUCGGAUAAUCCCCCUUCUUUUUUAGGGAGUGGAAAAAGAGAAGGGGAAAAGAGGCCACGACUGGGUUAAGCCUGUCUCUAUCUUUGGGUAGUCGACUUGUCCCCAAAAAGGGCCAUUCGACACUCAUAACUGUGUUGGGGGAUGUUACGUGUCGACCUGGUGUGCUGGCUAUGAGGCACACAGCAAGUCUGCCCAACACACACCGCCAGUUCAUGUAACACCGUUCAGCCUUGUGGCGUUUUGUAUA